UGUCUAUAAGAAGGCGGGCGGGAAGAUAGUGGGCGGUCAAACUACCAGUGUGUCCGACUGGCCCUGGAUGGCCAACAUUAACAUUGAGGUCAUAGUUGAUGGCCAACCCUUGCCUCUCAUGUCUUGUGGCGGAUCUAUUAUCAACGAGAAUUGGAUUCUUACAGCAGCUCAUUGCGUGCACAUGAGUUACAACAAUCUCGAUAUUAAAACUAAAAAUUCAUUGAGAUUAUCCGCCUCUAAGAUUAUCGCACACCAAGACUUUGAUUACGACAAACAAAUUAACGAUAUAGCGAUCAUUAAAUUAAAUGAAACGUUAGAUUUUAAAUUUAAACACAAAUUCUUGCGACCCGUUUGCAUACCGGACCUCAUAAACAAACCGACAGAUAAUUGUGUGGCCACUGGUUAUGGAUCGCAAAGCAAAUGUACCCGACGAUUCCAACAGAACACUAAUGCAAAUAUGGAGAGGAAUAUAUGCGCGGGUGGUAACAGUGCCGGAGGUUUGGGCACAUGUCUCGGCGAUUCUGGUGGUCCUCUUCAGUGUUAUUCCCAUUCUGAGGGCAAAUGGUAUCAAAUGGGUGUGACUUCUUGGGGCCGCCCCUGCGCUCAUCCAAAUAUACCCGAUGUUUCAAUACAGGGCUUAGAAUUGCCGGAAAAUUGUGGUAAAUCUAAGAGUAAACUACAUAUAAACUCGGGAAUAGAGGGCGGAAGUUAUGCAUCGGUGGGAGAGUUUCCGUGGCAGGCGUUGUUGGCCGAGUGGAUCGAUGACCAAUGGGACGACCAGUGCGGGGCCACUAUUAUCGCUGACCAAUGGAUCCUAACAGCGGCUCAUUGUUUUCUCGGCAGUCAUAAUAAAAGCGAUUAUUUGGUUCGCUUAGGGGUUCACAAUCGGUCAGCACACGAGCCCUCGGAAUAUGAUUUCUCUGCCAGUCUUUUGGUAGAGCACCCGGAGUGGAAUAUGGCUAAAGUAGCCAACGAUAUAGCGCUUAUCAAAUUGAAUGAAACGUUAGAUUUCAAUGGAAAACACAAACACUUGGAACCCAUAUGUGUGCCAAAUAAGGCCACUAAAGUGUCCGAUAAAUGUUUAUCUGUAGAUUACGAGAGACCGGAUUUACUGAAGAAACUGAAUCAACCAAUAAUUGACUCAACCAUAUGUGCGAAGAGAUAUUCAAGUAUUUAUAACGACACGAUUGAAGUCUGCACUCGAGCUGACAGUCAGGGAGUGAGCGGUGUAUGCAGUGGUGACUCCGGCGGACCCCUUAUCUGUCCGGGAAGUGAUGGCAAGUGGUAUCAGUUAGGGGUCACGUCUUAUAGCGCCGGCAGUUGUAAUCACGACCACUUGGAAGAUGUCUUCUCAAGGGUUACCACUUAUAAUGAUUGGAUUCAGAAAUUAGGGGUCACGUCUUAUAGCGCCGGCAGUUGUAAUCACGACCACUUGGAAGAUGUCUUCUCAAGGGUUACCACUUAUAAUGAUUGGAUUCAGAAAUAUUAUAUUAAUUUGGUGAUAACAAACAAUUGGCAUAUCCCCUGCAUGUAUGGAGUGGACAGGUGUGGCCACUCUAGCGCCAAAAACCCCAUGAGUACGCCCGGAGUGAACAUAGUUGGGGGCGUGGACGCUGAGCAAGGUGAAUUUCCGUGGCAGGCAAUGAUCACGAGACACAUAGAAGACGAAUUGUAUGAGUUGUGCGGCGGAACUAUUAUUAAUGAACAAUGGAUUCUGUCGGCCGCCCACUGUCUCAACGACAGCGACGACCUCAACGCAUACGAAGUGUGGUUGGGUUACCUUAAUCUCGACCAAACCGAUGGCUCACAAUCCAAACAUAAAGUGCAAACCAUAAUAGUUCACUACGGUUACGAUCAAGAUGAUUUCGGCACAAUUAAUGACAUCGGAUUACUUAAAUUGUCGGACAAACUUGAUUUUAAUGGCAAACACUCAACAUUACAGCCUAUAUGUCGGGCCACAGAGAAUACUAAAUUAACUGACAAUUGCAUGGCAACAGGUUUCGGGUACUUAAAUGGAGAUGGUCCGCUCCCAAAGACUCUUCAGAAAGUGAACGAACCCCUAAUCAAUACAACAAAAUGUAAAUCAAAGUACCCGAGAGUAAACCUCACGACCAAUGUAUGCGCCGGUGGUAGUGGUGGUAAAGGGACCUGUUUUGGUGAUUCUGGUGGACCCCUACAGUGUAAGGGCACCGAUGGUCUGUGGUAUGAGGUGGGCAUCACUUCAUACGGUGUUGGAUGCGCUGAACUCGAAUGGCCAGAUGUGUUCACACGUGUGGCCGGUUUUGAUGAGUGGAUUCAAAAAGCCAUUCAAUAUAUAGACGGAGACAGUAGUGGCGCUCAUAUUAAUACUCGUGGUGAGUUUCCGUGGCAGGCGAUUGUCAAGAGAUACUUUACAAAAGGCGGCGAAUCAUUUGCCGAGUGGUGCGGCGGCACUAUUCUCGACCAACAAUGGAUUCUGACGGCCGCCCACUGCCUGGCCAUGGGAUCCAAUCCCGACAAAUACGAGGUUAUGUUGGGUUACAUCAGUCUCGACAACAAAGAUGGCAACGAAUCCAACCAUAAAGUGGAAACUGAUAUGCUCGAUUUUAAUGGGAAAGACAACAAUUUACAGCCCAUAUGCAGGGCUACAGAGACUACUAAAUUGACUGACAAUUGUAUAGCGAGUGGUUUUGGAUAUCUAAACAAAGAGGGUCCGCAGGCAAAGAUUCUUCAGAAAGUGUCCGAACCAUUGAUGGACACCAAUAAAUGUCGGUUAGUGUUUACGCGAGUAAACCCUGAGACCAAUGUAUGCGGUGGUGGAAGUGGUGGGAGCGGCACCUGUCAGGGCGAUUCUGGUGGACCACUACAGUGUAAGGGCACCGAUGGUCUGUGGUAUGAGGUGGGCAUCACUUCAUAUGGUGUUCCCUGCGCUGAACCCGGAUAUGCAGAUGUGUUCACACGUGUGGCCGUUUUUUGUGCCGAUUAUUGCGAGAAAACCGAGUUUAACGAUUGCGAUGGCUCUCAGAAUUGCGGCAAAUCUCAGGCCAGAGGUGUGGACACGGAUUUUAGUAUAAGAGAUGCAGUGAAUACAAUGUCGGGUGAGUUUCCGUGGCAGGCGCUCAUCGCGACGCCGGGAGGCAAAGACAUUUGCGGCGCCGCUAUAAUCAACGACAAUUGGGUUCUCACCGCCGCUCACUGUGUCGUCUUUAUUGACGACUUUUCCGGUUUUACCGUUAAGUUAGGCAUUCAUAGCCGCAAAGAAGGCGCCGACACUAACAUUAAAAUCAAAAAGGUUGUGCACCCGGAGAACGACGUGGGAAUGGUUACUAACGAUAUAGCGUUAAUCCAAUUGAAGGACAAACUGGACUUUACCGGCAAACACAAACAUUUGGCGCCCAUUUGUUUGGCCACCGCAGACACCGAACUGACCGACAACUGUGUGGUCACCGGUUUUAGUCUCUCCGAUACGAAGAAGAAACAAGUGUUGCAAAAGUCGAGUCAACCCAUUAUUGACACCAAAAUGUGUGCCGAUGUUUACGAUCCGAUGUAUUCGUGGAAUAUAGACAACGAGUAUUGUGUUGGCGACACCUCUAGAGGUUUCAGGAAUUGUGUGGGCGACGGGGGCGGACCCCUCCAGUGCCUGUCCAAUGAGGGCGCGUGGAUUCUGGCCGGCAUUAACUCGUACGGACCCGACCCGUGCGGCAAACCCGGCGAACCCGAUGUCUAUACAAAGGUUUCCGCUUACAGCGAGUGGAUUGACAGCGAAUGGACAUCACUUUAUUUUAGUGUUAGGGUCCGUCUCGGUGUUCACAAUCGCACCGCUUAUGGCGUCAAUGAGUUUGAUGUUAAAGUAGAGAAAAUUAUCAAAUACGACGAUCUCGUGGUUCCCAAUGAUAUCGCUUUACUUAAACUGAGCGAAACAUUAGAUUUCAAUGACAGGCAUAAAACACUUGCACCCAUUUGUCUCCCAAAACCAACCACUAAACUCACUGACGAUUGUAUGGCCACUGGUUUUGGAUACAUAGACAAUGAUGGUGACAGACCCGAUAUACUACAGAAAGUGAAGCAAAAUAUUUUCGAUUCAAAUGAAUGUAAAAAGUUAUAUGACUUCGUGAACACAACGGCUGAGGUGUGCGCUAAGGGGAGGGCGAGUACUGAUAUCUGUGAGGCCGACUCAGGCGGACCCCUUCAAUGCAAGGACAGCACCGGUAUGUGGUAUCAGAUGGGAGUGGUCUCACUCGGNGACUUCGUGAACACAACGGCUGAGGUGUGCGCUAAGGGGAGGGCGAGUACUGAUAUCUGUGAGGCCGACUCAGGCGGACCCCUUCAAUGCAAGGACAGCACCGGUAUGUGGUAUCAGAUGGGAGUGGUCUCACUCGGCUCGAGUCCAUGCGGCACAUCCAAUGAGCCCGAUAUAUACACCAGAGUUACCACAUUUUACGAUUGGAUUCAACAACAAAUUCAAUUAAAC